AUGAGAGUAUCAAAAUUGGCAAUUAUUGGUUCAGUGCUUAUUUCAGUUCAUGCUAAAGUUUAUUACACUGCUUUUGUAAUAAGAGCCGAUGAGAAUUCCGACGGCAUCGAAGAUACUACAACUGAAGCUGUCGAUACAUUGACUGAAGUUGACGAUCCAUUUACAGAAACUGACCAAUUGAAUCCCCCAACAGAUACAACGGAAAACAAUCGUUUCACGGAUGAUGCAGCGGGAACAAAUCUGUUGCCAAUUUUCAGCCAAUCUACCGAAACAGAUGAGAUAACCAAUGCACAAGAUGCUACAGGAUUUGGCUUGACUAUUCCUGAUGUGUCGUCAGAAACGGGAAAUACCAGGGGCUUCACACAAGAACCACCAACAACAACACUUGAUAUUGCAAGUACCCGGAACUCUACUACUAGAAGCACUUCACGUAGAAGAUCAAUUUCAAGCUCAACAGACACAAAAAACUCAACCGAUACACAAACACAUACCGGAAAACAUACCUCAACAUUAUCUGAUGGUACAGCAACCAAGAACGAGGAAAGUUCGAGUAGUGGCGCUGCACGUACUGGUACAACAACUCAAAAUGGUGGUGCUGGAGCUAUUGUUGCUGCAUUUGAUGAAUCUGGUUUGUUAAUGGCAAUUAUUGGUGCUGUUGCUGGUGUUUUAUUAUUUUGA